AUGUCUAUUCCACCACUCCAAAUACGAGAUACUAUAGACAAAACGGUAGAAUACGUUCUAAAGAACGGAAAGAGCUUCGAAGAGAGACUUCUCAAAAACAAUACCGACGACAAAUUCUCCUUCAUCAACUCAGAUAGCCCGUACCAUGAAUACUACAAGGCUCAACUCACAGAAAAGAAUAACACAAAAGACGAGCCCAAAGAGAAGAAGGAAGACGAGAAUCCACUUGAAAAACCAGAUGAGCUACUAUUUCUCAUAGAUCUUCCUCCCAUUCUGGCUUACGAUCUCGAUGUGAUGAAGCUCACUGCUUUAUAUGUAGCGUGCAACACAUCCAGACACGCAGACGCCCUUUUCAAGUAUAUGGAGAGCCGAGGAGAUAGAAGCCAAUUUGCAUUUUUGAAGAGGUCACACCUGCUUCAUCCCUUGUUCAUGAAGUUGGUGAAACAAUAUAAAGCGGUGGUAGACCUAGUCGAGAAUCCUGAGGAAAACCAAGACUCGAAGAAACUCCAGGAGGCGUUAGCAGAAGAAAAUACGAACUUGUUCCAAAAAGCAUACAAUCGUGCUGUAUAUGAGCAAAAACAUAAAAUAAAGAAGAAAACUGAAGAAACUGAACGGAAAAACAAGCAGCUCCACUACGCAUCCAUUGACUGGCAGAACUUUACCUUUGUUGCCAAAGUCAACUUUGAUGCGGUGGAUGAAGUGUCAGAGCUUGCAGUGCCAUUGAUGAGAGAAGAUAUCGUUUAUCGAUCUUUGCAAAGUAGGGCUAAGGAAAUAGAGGUACCCACUGCUCAACCAAGAAAAUUACCAUCCAUUGAGGCUGAGGAAGAGAAUAAAGAGGUUGAAGAGACCAAAAAAGAUGAUGCAAUAACCCCGGAGACUAAGCAGCAUAAAGUACCCAAGGGAAUGAAAAUCAAAGCUGCUGGAGAGUCUAGACUUAAAAAGAAGAAAAUGGAGUCGAAACGGACAAUCAAAUGUCCUAUCACAGGUAAACAGAUUCCCGAGGCGGAAUUCGACACCCACUUGCGGGUGCUUCUCCGAGACCCACGUUACCAGGAGCAGCGUAAUAAUUUCAUGAAGAAGAAUUUCACUUACGAGUCCAAUUUGACCACUGACCAGGUUUACGAGAACAUCAAAAGACUCGUGAAAAAACGCAAUUUAUCUGAGGAAGAGGAAGAACAACAGGAGAGGAAAAAAAUUGACGUGAAAUAG